CUCACCUUCCUCCGGCCAAGUGGCGGGGCCACACUAGUUAGUGAUGAGAUUUGAUAAUGGAUUCCACAGUUACAAUUCCGGAGCACCCGCUCCCCUGCGCCUACGACGACCGCUGGGCCGCGCUCAAAUGGGCCGCGGCCCACGCCGCGGGAUCCGGCCUGGAGGAGUGGCUGAACUCGGGCGUCGAUUUCGGAAGGGUUUUCGUGGCCGGGGACAGCGUCGGCGCCAACAUCGCCCACCGCGUCGCCAUGAGGAACGCUGGGGAGAAUCUGAUUGAGCUGCUCGGGGCUGUGCUUGUGGAUCCGUUCUUUUGGGGUAGGACCCGAUCGGGGAUGAAGCGGGUCGGGCCCUGCCUGUCAGGUUGUGGCGGCUGGCGAAUCCGGGUUCGGAGAAGAGCGGGUUGGAUAACCCGGAGAUAAACCCCGCCGACGACCCGAAGCUGUCGGGUCUGGGUUGACGGCGGGUGCUGGUUCUGGUGGCGGAGAAGGACACUAUAUGAAGGACAGAGGGAAGCUUUACUGCAAGACGCUGGGGAAGAACGGGUGGCCAGGCAAGGCGGAAAAGAUGCGGAGAGGAUGAACCGCAUCGUUUCCUUUUUGAAUCGGUUAGGUAGCGGCUCUUUAUAAAACAAGGUUCAGAAAACCGUACCGAAGUUUAUACCGAAAAAUUGCGGUAGGGUAUUUCGUACUACAAUCGUAAUUUAACCGUGAUUAAACCGUAUCCUAUCGC